AUGGGGCACAGCCGGAUGGUAUGGCCAACCGUGCUGCUGACCCUUCUCGCCAUCGGAUGGGCCUUCGCUGGAUCGCCUGGUGCUGGAGGAAGCUACUUGGGGGACGUCAACGUCUCGGCCAUUUUGGAUUCCUUUAGUGUUAGUUACGACAAGAGAGUAAGACCGAAUUACGGAGGCCCACCCGUGGAUGUGGGAGUCACAAUGUACGUGCUGAGUAUCAGCUCGCUGUCCGAGGUCCAAAUGGAUUUCACCUUGGACUUUUACUUUCGACAAUUCUGGACAGACCCACGACUGGCUUUCCGGAAAAGGCCCAGUGUGGAAAUCCUUUCUGUAGGAUCGGAAUUCAUCAAAAACAUCUGGGUGCCCGAUACAUUCUUCGUCAAUGAAAAACAUUCAUCCUUCCAUAUGGCGACUACUUCCAAUGAAUUCAUUCGAAUACAUCAUUCGGGAUCAAUUACACGCAGUAUUCGACUCACAAUCACAGCCUCAUGUCCUAUGAAUCUUCAGUAUUUUCCCAUGGAUCGGCAGCUCUGUCAUAUAGAAAUUGAAAGUUUCGGUUACACCAUGCGAGACAUCCGAUAUAAGUGGAACGAGGGUCCCAAUUCGGUGGGGGUCUCCAGCGAGGUUUCGCUGCCCCAGUUUAAGGUGCUUGGACACAAACAGAGAGCCAUGGAAAUCAGUCUUACCACAGGAAACUACUCAAGAUUAGCUUGUGAAAUUCAAUUCGUACGAUCGAUGGGUUACUAUCUUAUCCAAAUCUAUAUCCCGUCCGGCCUUAUUGUCAUCAUUUCCUGGGUAAGCUUUUGGCUGAACCGUAACGCGACCCCAGCCAGAGUGGCCCUAGGAGUCACCACCGUGUUGACCAUGACUACGCUCAUGUCUUCGACGAACGCUGCACUCCCGAAAAUCUCCUACGUCAAAUCGAUCGACGUCUACCUGGGGACCUGCUUCGUGAUGGUCUUCGCUAGUCUAUUAGAAUACGCCACCGUAGGUUAUAUGGCGAAACGAAUACAAAUGCGAAAAAACAGGUUUUUAGCAAUACAGAAAAUUGCUGAACAAAAAAAACUAAACGUAGAUGGUGGUCCAGAUGACCAUGCACCUAAACAAACAGUGCGCUUCAAAGUUCACGACCCGAAGGCGCACAGCAAGGGCGGCACCCUCGAAAGCACCGUGAACGGCGGCAGAGGCGGCGAUCGAGGUGGCAGCUGCCCCGACGAAGAGGCGGGCGCGCCCAUUCCGCAGCACAUCAUCCACCCGAACAAGGAUAUCAACAAACUAUACGGGAUCACACCCUCGGACAUCGACAAAUACUCCAGAAUAGUGUUUCCUGUGUGCUUUGUGUGCUUCAACUUGAUGUACUGGAUCAUAUACUUGCACAUUUCUGACGUGGUCGCAGACGACUUGGUAUUGCUUGAAUCCGAUAACUAA